CCGCUACGCUGGAUUACGUGAAUGACGCCUCACUUCCUUGCUGACAAACCAUGUGACGCGUGCGGAAGUGAUGCUGUCCACUUGCUUGAGGCAAUGCCGCCCGCACAGCUGGUUGGUUUAAUGUGACUUAGACCUGAGGAGACCGUGAGUUUGAGACGAUCUCUCCCUGGGGCCCUUGCUACACUACAAAACAUUUGUGGCUGGUGAUUCCACAGGGGAGACUACAAAAAUGAGGCGCCUGAAUCGCAAGAAGACGCUGAGCCUGGUGAAGGAGCUGGAUGCUUUCCCCAAGGUGCCCGAGAGCUACGUUGAGACCUCAGCAAGCAGGGGGACCGUCUCACUUAUGGCCUUCUCCAUUAUGGGCAUCCUCACUAUUAUGGAAUUCCUGGUGUAUCGGGACACGAGGAUGAAAUACGAGUAUGAGGUGGACAAAGAUUUCACCAGUAAAAUCCGGCUGAACAUAGACAUCACAGUAGCAAUGAAGUGUCAGUAUGUUGGCGCUGAUGUGUUAGAUUUGGCUGAGACAAUGGUCACCUCUGCACAAGGGUUGGCCUAUCAGCCGGUGAUAUUUGACCUCUCCCCCCAGCAAAGACAAUGGCAAAGGAUGCUGCAACAAAUCCAGGGCCGCCUACAGGAGGAGCAUUCUCUUCAAGAUCUUUUAUUUAAGAGCGCAAUGAGGACUUCUGUCCUGUCACUGCCCCCCAGGGAGGAUUCUCCUAUGGAGCAACCCAAUGCUUGCAGGAUCCAUGGACACCUUGAUAUCAAUAAAGUGGCUGGAAACUUCCACAUCACUGUGGGCAAAGCUAUACCUCACCCAAGGGGUCAUGCACAUCUGGCAGCUCUGGUGAGCCACGACAGUUAUAAUUUUUCUCAUCGUAUCGAUCACUUUUCCUUUGGGGAACCUCUGCCUGCAAUCAUCAACCCUUUGGAUGGAACGGAAAAAAUAGCCGAGGACAGUAACCAGAUGUAUCAGUAUUUUAUCACCAUUGUACCUACAAAGUUAAACACAAACAAAGUUUACUGCGACACCCAUCAGUUCUCCGUGACAGAGCGGGAGCGGGUGAUAAAUCACGCCACUGGUAGUCACGGGGUGUCGGGCAUUUUCAUGAAGUAUGACAUCAGCUCCCUGAUGGUGACAGUGACGGAGGAUCAUAUGCCUCUCUGGAAGUUUUUGGUCCGUCUUUGCGGCAUCAUUGGAGGGAUAUUCACUACGACCGGGAUGAUCCAUGGGCUCGCAGAGUUUUUUGUAGAUCUCGUUUGCUGCAGGUUCAAGUUGGGCAUGUACAGACCUCACGAGGCAGGCCAAGUGGACAGAAUUCAUUCCAAUCACUGCACAGAGACAUUGGCCCCUGACCCGCUCUGAAUGACACAUACUUUUUACAAAAAUAAACCUUGUCAGUGUUUUA